GCUCUUUGAGAUUGGAAAGCAGUUUUCGUAAUAACCUCUUAGACUCAAGAUCAAAAUGCGUUCCCUGAUUGUCGUUGCCCUUUUGGCCUUCCUGGCUGUUGGCUUUGUGGCUGCCCGUCCUGCUGAGGAUGACGAAUCCUCGUCCUCUGUGUCGGAGAAUACCGAUGGGGAUUCAAGCAGCAAUGAUGUGGAGAACAGUGGAACCAAUGAAGAUGAAAGCGAGUCAUCCGCUGACGAAGAUUCCGCUGGAGAAUCCGAUGGAGAAUCCGCUGUAGAUUCCACUGGAGAAACCGCUGUAGAUUCCACUGGAGAAUCCGCUGUAGAUUCCACUGGAGAAUCCAGUAAUAAUGAUGAUAACGAAGAUGACGAAGCUACGACCACUGCCAAGCCAGUGAAGAAGCACGUUCGUCCCUUCUGGCCCAGGUUCGGAGGUCAUGGACCAGUUGUGAUCAGGCGUCAUCACGGCCUCGUCAAGGUCUAAGCCCUAAAAAGCUUCUAUAUAAACCUGUUUUCCAUAUUUCUCAAUCUUCUCUAAAUAAAUAAAUUUCACUUUCAAAACAUAA